AUGUUGCAGCUUGAAACCGCACAAGCAGCAGCAGCAGCAGUAGCAGCAGCAGCAGCAGCAGCAGUAGCAGCAGCAGCAGCAGCAGCAGUAGAAGUAGCAGCAGCAGCAGCAGUAGAAGUAGCAGCAGCAGCAGCCGCACCACGCGCAGCAGCAUCCCCGAUUGCAACAUGCAGUUGCCAGCAGCAGCAGACUCAGCGUCAUAAACAUCAGCAGCAACAGCAGCAACAGCAGCAGCAGCAACAACAGCAACACUAG